UACAGUUUGUUCAAGUUGACUGACUUCGGACUUCGACCUACGAAGUUGUUCUCCCUUCUUGUUGACUGUGAGGGACACCCACGAAUUCCAGACAUAUCUUGGGUGCAAUAUGAACUCGUAUCCACCAGAGCUGCUGGCUCAGCUGGCCCCAGUCAUGUUUGUCGCUGGGUUAGACGUUCCCUCGUCCUCAGCCACCCCUCAAUCCCCGUCCCCGAAACAACAGGAUCCGUUCGUGGCACUAGCUAUCCGGUUACGUGAGGCCUUAACGUCGCAACGAAAGGUGGCCAUCUGGCAACCUGACAAGUCGAAAACAUUUCAGGUCAUUCUAGUGGAUCCGGAAGUGCGGUUUCCUCCACGUAAGAUCGCACCAGCUGAGGAUCAGCAAUUUCAUACACCACAUUCACCGUUAUCACCGUUAACACCUUCAUCACCUCUUUACCCUGACGGACUCAUCGCUCCAAUAUGGAUUCGUAAACAUACCACUCUAGUUCCCUCUGUGUUUGUGCUGUUCAAGCGCAUAUAUGAACAUCCACAUACAUCUAGUCGGACGCCUCUUGAUACCCAUGAUCCCGAGCGUGACCGGGAACGCGAAGCUGAGGAGCGUCGGAAGGAUAGUGAACUUGCUGCAGAAAUAGCUCAACGUAAGAAGAGUACGAAUGAGCGAUCUAUCAAGCUCACUGUAGUGCUGAUGGCCAGUAGGAAAAUGCUAGAUGACCCUGCGCUGGAUGCUCGACUAACGUUUAUUCGACGGCAAAGUGGACUUGAUCCUCGCGCUGCACUUUUUGUCUUGAGCCCAGUAACAUCCGCCGAAAUUGGCGACUUUGUCCGCAGUCUCCAAGAAGCGUUGUAUGAGCCUGCAAUUGAAUACUACACGAAUCAUUCAAAGCGUGUUAGGCGUAAACGCAACCGUCACAGUCAGGCCAAUGUGUCAUAUCAGCUGCCGCUCACGACCAUCGGUUCUACCAGUGCCCAAAGACCAUUACGCCCAGAAGGAUGGACUGUGCGUUAUGAGUACAAAAUGGCUUGUUUCGCCGAGUUCAGAGGCGAAGAUGACAUAGCACUGAAGCACUAUCAUGAUGCCUAUUCAGCACUUCAUAUUAUGCUUGGUUCCACGGCUAUUUUACCUCCGAGGACGAAAAGGUGGGCUGAAGCUAAAGUACUUGCAGAUUGCAUCAGCGUGAAGAUAUGCAAGCUGUACCUGUACAAUAACGAACAUGCGAUGGCGCUGGCCCACCACAGUUCACACAUGCGGCUGUUCUCUGAUCUUUCCCGAGGCUGGGGCAUCGGCGAGGAAACGUUCGAGUUCUGGAGUUGGUUGGCGAGACAACAUCGUGUAUUCGCAGAACUAUUGGAACAAGGCACUCGUUCGACUCUCAAGAUACCUACGCACCUUCCAAGUCCGGGUGUGGCUAGUCAAACUCAGGAGACUCAGCGAGGUUCUUUGGAAGUUGAAGCAAUGCGUGCAUUAGGACUGAACCCGACUCAGGCCCUACAACACCCAGGCUUCUACUAUUACAUGGCUGCCAGAUGUACUGAAAAUCGAAGAGACCGAUAUUUGCGAGCCCUUGAGAAUGAGUCUUCACAUCAUGCCUCCCCAGGAUUUGUGAAUGAGAGGAAGGUUGACCAUCUGAGCAUCGUGCUUGAGCUGUAUACUAGGGCAUAUGAGUUGUUCAAGAAGUACAGUACAUCGAGCAGCCAAAGUCAAGGACGGUUAACUUUGUGGAUCGCCUAUCUUAUUGCACAGACAUACUACGAGUCUGGGAAGUUUGAGAUGGCAGUUCGUUUCUUCGAGCGAAUAGCUAAGACAUACAGACGCGAGCAGUGGGACGCUCUAUUGCGUCCCCUCCUAUCGACGUGGUAUAGAUGUGCACAACACCUUGGAGAUAUGGAAUUGAGUGUACAGCUGUUACUGGAGAUUAUUGGGCAUGGUCCUCAGGAUGACCAGGAUGACCCGGAAAGCUUAGAAGAGGACCUUCUCGCCGUCCUUAAGAGUACUGUGCCUUCUUCCGACCAGGUUUUGACCGUUGACCUCACUGAGUCUGGUCCCCUACUUGAUACUUCCGCCGUUUUCUGGAAGUCCCAUGUCAAUGUCGACCAGGCAGCGGCAUUCCAAAUCACACUCACCGCUCCGGAGAUCAUUUCUCUUGCUUCCCUUCCAUUCACCUCCUUGUUGGUUCAAUUUUCGGGGGAUCUUCCUUCAAUCACCGUCCAACACACGGCACCGGAAUCGGAUGCAGACGUUUCCUCAUUGCAGAAAAUUGAUCUAGGAGACCUUUCGACAUCCUCCAGUGACAAUGAAGAUAAGGACAAGGAUAUCAAAGCCAAUUUGCGGUGGAGGCCUGGAGAUACACUCAUUCUAUGUGGUAAUUUGACAUCUAGUGUGCCGAGUAACAUGACGGUUUCCAAGCUGGUUUUGACUCUGAAGGAGGGUAACUGGAACAUCGACCUCCCCUUGCACCCGAACAGUAGACGUUCUGGGACAAUUCCGUAUCCUCGGUGGCUAGGCUCUCUUAGUCCCGUGAGGUUCAUUCCUGUGCACAGAGACAAUUAUUCAUUCGUGGUUGUUCGACAUCGCCCACAUGUUGUAAAAGUGUCGCUAUCCAGCGAAGGACCUGCAUACCUUGGUGAAGAGUUCCCCAUUGUCAUCGAUGUGACGAACGCGGAUGAUCGAGAACUGGAUAUUGUCGUCGAUAUCUUACUGCAGCCUACUGAGAUCGAAGAAGCUGAUAACUUCAUCAGCGUUGACGAAGAAAGGUCGUCCUCUCUGAUCAAAGGCGUUGAAUUUGGCGUACUCCCUCCUGGGGUCAAUAUGAACAAGACGCUCUAUCUGGCUUGUUCCGGUGCCGUAGGAGAUAGAGUCAUAGACAUUUCUGUGCAGUCCCGAUCGAUGGCUUCGGUUUCGCCCACAACGCCUGUUACGCCUCAGAGUCCUUCACAAGUGGCGGACACAGGAGAGACAUUACGGACAUUGGUUGUGCCUACGGUCGAUCCUAUUACAGCCACGCAUCACGUCACUUAUCGGAGAUCGACCAAGCCCUCUCCAGGACUUGGAGACCUCGAUACAUUCGAAGGCGAUUACUGGGACGAUGCAGGUGAAGCGCAUGUCGUCACGACCAUGACAUCUGUUGGACCGUCUGGAAUCUUUGUUGAGGGUCUUAAGCUCUUGCGCGAGGAUGGCACUUAUGCCAAAGUUAAUGAAAGUACGGUUGAUCAAGACGAAGACGAAUUUCUAACUGAGUGGCAUACUGGUGACGAGUUCUGUGACCAAUGCCGGAUCUCACUCGCGCGCUUAGACGAACCUUUGGGAGGUGGAUACAUUCCAGGACCAGGAACCUAUGAGGUUUCUUGGCGAAGAUUACUUCCGAAUAAUCAGAAAGGCUCCCUUGCCAAAACUCGCUUCUCGCUCCCUCCACUGAAACCGCCAUCGGACGGACUAAUUGCUCUCCUCAACGUUCCCAAUACGGCAAAACUCCACCAGACCAUUCCUCUUCAGCUGACUAUUCGCAAUGGCCAUCCGACUAAAUCGGCUAAUAUCAUCCUACAACUGGAACCCGAUGCCGUAACGGAUGGUUUUGUAGUCGCGGGAAUCCGGAACGGGCGAUUGCCAAUUCUUCUACCAGGCGGCGAGGAGAUCAUCAAGUGGAACCUCAUUCCAAUAGAAUGCGGCUGGGUUAAGGUCCCGAAGAUCAAGGUGAUGAAUCGUAGGCCACCACCACCAUCUGCUCAUGGACAAGCUCACGAUGUCGAAGGGGAAGGGGAGAUUGUGGAGGUUGUUGAUGUUAGAUGGGAUGGUCGACCCGAGCAGUCUGUUCGAACGUCAGUAGAUGUCGCUCGGAAGAGCGUUGAAGUGCCCAAGGUAGAGAUGCAUCCGAGUGACGCUGCACAGUUUGCCGCAGUCGUCUUGGUGCUACCAUAGUUAUAUAGCAUUCUUGGUGCACGAGAUGUAAUGUGUAGCACUGCAUGUUUGCGAUUCUCAUUGUAUUUCGCAAUGACUACAACAGCGCUGUCCAAGUUCAAGUUCCAUCUUGAUGCCUAAUGGCAAUUGUUUAACCUUC